AUGCGUUGUCUUCCAUGCACAUAUCCGAACAGACUAGACCAGUCUUCACAUAUUUCAUCUGAUUUGGGGAUCCAACGAUGGCUCAUCGAUGUGGCGAAGUGUCCGAAAAUCAGUGAUCAGAUCCUCGACGACCUAUCGUAUUUCACGAAGCACAGGAUAAGACCAAGCUACAAUCGUGAUAUAAUGAACAAAUUCUUUGACCAACCUUACUCAAUUUCACUGUGCAAUUACGUCAUCAAGAGCAAUCAGAUCUAUCGCAAGUGCCUCGGGGAAUAUACCGGAUUCAAAAUGUUCAUGGACAGCAUCCUUCUAAGUCUCGUGCGAAAGGUCAAGCUCCCAGACGUGGAUUUUUUGGUUAAUCUGGGGGAUUAUCCCCUUGCGAAAAAAAUGAGCGUCGUUAUUCCUCAAGUGCCAAUAUUCUCUUGGUGUGGCUCUGAGGACUCGCUCGACAUCGUCAUGCCAACAUACGAGCUGACAGAAGCAUCGGUUUACAUGAUGCGACGUGUUUCCGUGGACGUGUUUUCGGUCCAGGAUCGCGCCAGCCAGCCGUAUUCGGAACGACAAACUAAGGCCUUUUGGAGAGGACGGGACUCCCGCGAGGAACGACUGCGUCUCGUCGAGCUUUCGCAGGAGGACCCUCAAUUGCUCAACGCAUCAAUUACGAACUUUUUCUUCUUUAGGGACAGAAUGGAGAACUACGGAGGCGGCUCACCCCAUGUGAGCUUUUUCGACUUUUUCGAGUAUAAAUACCAGAUCAAUAUCGACGGGACUGUUGCCGCGUACAGAAUGCCGUUCCUCUUGAGCGGAGGGAGCACAGUAUUGAAGCCUGACUCCAUGUACUACGAACACUUCUAUUCACUGUUGAAAGAAGACGUUCACUACGUCCCCGUACGUUCAGAUCUCUCGGAUCUUCUGCCAAAGAUAAAGUUCUGCAUAGACAACGAAGAUCAUUGUGCCCGAGUAGCUCAGAACGGCCGACAAAUUGUGAAUGAUGCAUUGCUCCCUCAUCACGUGUACUGCUAUUACGUUCAACUUCUACAAGAAUACUCGGAGCUGAUAGAGGGUCCGGUGGAGAUUCAGGAUGAUAUGGAAUCGGUUGAACACGCUGAGUCGAGCACGUGCCAUUGCUCCAAAGCGGCAAAAGAUGAACUAGCCCAGUUUUCGUUCACUGACGAUCCGGCUCGCGGUGAACGUCAGAAUAAAAAAGAAAGAGAUAUGACCGGAGAAGAGAGCUAUGCUCCCUGUCAGUUCUUGACUCUCGAUCUCGGGAAGAUUCAUCGCGCAGAGUACGCUUCGGCGAUGAUUCUCUCGAAGUUCCUGCGAUGUCAGCCGCUGGUGCGGAGUUUCCGUGUUUCAAGAGUUCCGAUCCGGGAACUCGCCCAGGCUAGCCGCACUUCACGACGGGAGCCGGUGUCUCUCGCGAUCCGGUUCUUGUCCGGAGCAGCCUUCAGCGCGACACUCGCCCAUAAAGCCUCCAGCCUGAGUGUUGUUGAGUGCAAGAAGAAGAAGGCGACGAGGGUCAUCGAGGAGCUCCAGGGGGCACCGAAAAAGGACUUCGACUGGGGAUUAUUUCUUCGCUACCUCAGGAAAGACUGGUUCUUUCUACUGAUCGCCGUCUCGACCGCCCUGUUGACCGCGGUGUGCAAUACGCAAAUCCCUGUCUAUCUCGGGGACAUAAUAACAGUUUUGACGAAUUUUCUGAACCACGAUGCCGAGCGGUCUUUCGUUGAAGCUGUUCAAGUCCCGGCAAUCCGUCUCGUCGCUCUAUACGCGGCACAGAGUUUUUUCACGGUCGUUUACAUCUCUACUCUGGCUCACGUGAGCGAACGUCUGUCCGCUCGCCUGAAAGAAGAUGUGUUCAAAUCGAUUCUCCGACAAGACAUUUCAUUUUUCGACAAAACAAAAACUGGGGCAAUCAUGAAUGUCAUCAGCGGGGACGUCCAGGAUUUCAAGAGUUGCUUCAAGUCGUGCGUAUCCCAAGGGCUCAGGAGCAUCGCCCAAACCAUAGGUUGUAUCCUCUCUCUCUACCACAUAAACCCGAAAAUGACAGGGCUCAUGCUGGCGAUUGUGCCGCUGAUCAUGGCCGUCGGAACUGGCCUCGGCGCGGGUCUGAGAAAGAUAUCGAUCGAAGCUCAAACUCAGGAGGCUCACGCGGCGGGAGUUGCGGACGAGGCGAUCUCGAACAUUCGAACCGUCCGAGCCUUCGCAAUGGAAGACUCGGAACUCAGCUUGGUACAUGAAGAACUCCGAAAAUCACAGCACAUCCACAGCGUUCUAGGACUGGGUAUCGGUGGAUUCCAGGCUCUGACCAACCUUGCUCUCAACGGCAUCGUGCUCGGUGUGCUCUUCGUCGGCGGGAGAAUGAUAAACGACGGGCAGAUCUCGACCGGAAAUCUGAUGAGUUUCAUGGUAGCGACACAGAUGAUCCAGAAAUCCCUGGGUCAGAUCUUCCUCCUGUUCGGCCAGUACGUGAAAGGGGUCGCCAGCGGCACUCGCGUCUUCGAGCUCAUCAAACAGGAGCCGCUAAUCCCGCUCAGGGGCGGAACGUUGGUCAUCGACGACUCGACCCUGGCCGGCGAAAUUCGCCUCCGAAACGUUAACUUCAGCUACCCGAAUCGACCUGAACAGAAAGUUCUUGACAACUUAACGAUAUCGAUACCGCCGGGUAAAAUUGUUGCCCUGUGCGGGGCUUCAGGUUGCGGGAAGAGCACGAUCGCGGCAUUGAUCGAACGAUUCUACGACGUUCAAGGAGGUGAAGUUCUGAUCGACGGUGUUAAUGUACGAGAGCUGGAUUUGGAAUGGCUCCGAGGUCAGGCGAUCGGACUGAUCUCCCAAGAGCCCGUCCUUUUCGCAACUUCGAUUCUUGAAAACAUACGAUACGGUCGGCCGAGCGCGUCCGAUAAGGAAGUGAUAGAGGCAGCCAAACAGGCGAAUGCACACGACUUCAUAAUGAAUUUCGAAAACAAGUAUGACACAAUCUUGGGAGAACGAGGAGCCACAGUCAGCGGAGGACAGAAACAACGUAUCGCUAUAGCGCGCGCCCUCCUGAAAAAUCCACGGAUCCUCAUCUUGGAUGAAGCUACAAGCGCCCUGGACACGCAGUCAGAGAAGGUCGUCCAGCAAACUCUCGACAACAUCAUGAAGGGACGCACGGUACUCGUGAUCGCGCAUCGACUCUCCACCAUCAGGAAAGCCGACAUCAUUUACGUGGUGCAUCACGGGAAAGUGAUUGAGAGCGGCGAUCAUCACACCCUGACAUCCUUGAAGGGAGCCUAUUGGCGUCUGACUCAAGACGCGCAAGACGAAGAAAGGGUCAAAGCCUCGGAAGCGGAAAAUAAAUCCUUCUUCAGGUCGGUCGGGUGAAAUGGAAUCCGACAGAUAUGUGCCGUUGUUAUUUAGACAUGGGCAGAUGACUCAUUA